AUGGACAACACGACAGCACUAACAUUCACAAUGACUGCAUAUGCUGUCAUGGAAAACUACAAGCACUGGAUGUUCACUGUAUUCCUCCUGCUUUAUCUCAUUAUCAUUAUUUUGAACAUAGUGCUCAUUACUGUCAUACACCAAAACAAAGACUUGCAUCAACCUAUGAAUGUGUUCUCAUGUAUGUUAUCCAUCAAUGAAAUAUAUGGCAGCACUGCAUUGUUACCUUCAGUUAUGGCUGUGCUCUUAUCUGAGACAUAUGAAAUCAGUGUGAAGUGGUGCAUGGCUCAAGUCUAUUUCCUACACACAUAUGCAAGUGCUGAGUUUUGCAUUUUAGCUGUUAUGGGAUAUGACAGAUAUGUUGCCAUCUGUUACCCAUUAUAUUACCACAGCAUCAUAUCUAAUUCAAAGGUAGUCAAGCUUGUUGCAUUAGCAGGUGUAUACCCCAUAGUUGUGUUUGGGAGUUUUUACUCACUAACCAUGCAGCUGGGCUUCUGUGGAAAAGUGAUGCCAAAAUUAUACUGUGUGAACAUGGAACUGGUCAAAAAUUCAUGUUCACCGGCAUCAUACAUUAGUAUUGUGGGACUUGUACUUGUUCUGUUUCUUGUUGUGCCUCAAGUACUGAUGAUUGUUUUUUCUUAUGUACAAAUUUCAAGAGUAUGUAUGAAAUUGUCACGAGAAUCUCAAUACAAUGCUCUUAAAACUUGUAUCCCACAUUUAUUAUCGUUGAUAAACUACACAAUCGGUUCCUUUUUUGAAAUUAUCCAAACUAGGUUUAACAUGAGUCAUGUAGCUGUUGAGGCACGGAUCUUCCUGUCUUUAUACUUUAUUAUCCUUCCACCAAUUGCCAACCCAGUGCUGUAUGGACUCGGUACUCAAAUAGUUAGAGUUCACAUUCUGAAACUGUUUAUUAGAUAUAAGAUCCUGCCAACACUGUUAGCAAAGGCAGUGACUGCAGCUUAG